AACUGUGUGCGUUUUAAAAAAAUGGCUAUUUUGUCCCUAAUGACUUACCGUCCGACUUGUUGCGUAGUACUUACCGGAAGUAUAGAUGCUCUGUAUGAAAGGAUUUGGAAUUUGAGCAGUUAGCAUAGCUCCAGCCGUUCAGUUCAAGUUUAUAUGUAUUAAGGUACUUACUAGCAGGGAGAUAAAGAAGCAGUUGUCAGCGGUGAAGUUAGUUGUGCGCCAAAAUGAAAGACUCGCUCACGGCGCUGUGCAAACUAAGCGGCCACCCAGACUCCCGCUGCUGGUUCGUGGCGUGGAACCCGAGUGGGACCCUGCUGGCGUCGUGUGGAGGAGACCGGGCCGUGCGCGUCUGGGGCCGGGAAGGAGAUUCCUGGGUGUGUAAAUCUGUGCUACAGGAUGGGCACCAGCGCACAGUUCGAAAGGUCACCUGGUCACCGUGUGGGAACUAUCUGGCCUCUGCCAGCUUUGAUGCGACUGCCUGCAUUUGGAGGAAGAAAGAUGACGACUUUGAGUGUGUUACAGUCCUGGAGGGUCAUGAGAAUGAAGUGAAGUGUGUGGCCUGGGCUCCAUCAGGCAGUUUGUUAGCCACCUGCAGCCGAGACAAGAGUGUGUGGGUUUGGGAGGUGGAUGAGGAGGAUGAAUACGAGUGUGUUAGUGUGGUCAAUGCUCAUACUCAGGACGUGAAGCAUGUGACCUGGCACCCCACGCAAGAGCUGUUGGCCUCAGCUAGCUACGACAACACAGUGCGUCUGUAUCAGGAAGAGGAUGACGACUGGGUUUGCAAGGCAACGCUGGAAGGACACACAUCCACUGUCUGGAGCCUGGCCUUCGAUGCCAGCGGCCAGCGACUGGCCUCUUGCAGUGAUGACCGCACAGUCAAGAUCUGGAGAGAGUGUCUCCCUGGGAAUGAGCCUGGGACUGACACUGUUGGUUCCGAUCUCAGCUGGAAGUGCAUCUGUACCUUGUCAGGCUUCCAUAGCAGGACCAUAUAUGAUGUGGCAUGGUGUCGCCUGACUGGUGCUUUAGCCACUGCCUGUGGAGAUGAUGGGGUGCGUGUGUUUCGUGAGGAUCCGACCUCUGACCCCAUGCAGCCUACUUUUUUCCUGUCUGUCCACAUGCCCAAGGCCCACAGUCAGGAUGUCAAUUGCAUUGCCUGGAACACCAAGGAGGCAGGACUGCUGGCUUCCUGCAGUGAUGAUGGUGAGAUCAUUAUCUGGCAUUAUCAGUCAGAGGCUUGAGCACUGACGUCAACAAGUGGGACUCAAAAUGUCUGUCUUCUCCCUCACGAUCUUUUGUUUCCUUUAUUCACUGCUAAAAAUAUGAAUUUAAUGCUGGGCUGAAGGAAUAUGGCCUGGCUAUUUAAAGCUCUUCUGCAUAAUAUAGUUUGUGAAUAAAAUUAAUUG